AUGGACGCCAUGGAGAGAGGACAGAGCUCCCCGCGGCUGCCAAAGAGUCGGGGCUCAAAGAUCGACGAAGAAAGCCUCAGGGUGCCGCUGAUAGAGAGCAAGAAGACUGGCAGCCGGGCGCCGGCGGUGGUCCUCGGGUUCGAGUGCCUCGAGAGCACGGCCUUCAACGGCGUCGCCACCAACCUGGUGCUCUACCUGGAGAGCGUCCUGCACGGCAGCGGCCUCGCCAGCGCCUCCAACGUCACCACGUGGAUCGGCACCAGCUUCCUCACGCCCGUCCUCGGCGCCAUCCUCGCCGACACCUUCUGGGGCAACUACACCACCAUCCUCGUCUCCCUCGUCGUCUACCUUCUGGGUAUGAUGCUCAUCACCUUCUCUGCGUUACUGCCGACCACCGAGCUGUGCGGGCUGGGCUCGUCGUGCCACCCGAUGUUCGGCGCGCACACCGUCGCCUUCUCCGGCCUCUACCUCGUGGCGUUCGGCAGCGGCGGCGUGCGGGCGGCGCUGCUGCCGUUCGGCGCGGAGCAGUUCGACGACGACAACGCCGUGGACCGGGAGCGGAAGAUGGCAUUCUUCAGCUGGUUCUACAUCUGCGUCGACUUCGGCAUGAUCGUGUCCGGGCUCUUCCUCGUGUGGAUCCAGCAGAACGUCAGCUGGGGCCUCGGCUUCGGCAUCGCCACGGCCUGCAUCGCGCUCGCCUUCGUCGGCUUCGUGCUUUUCACGCCCAUGUACAAGCGUAGCAUGCCGACCGGCAGCCCGUUCAAGAGCCUGUGCCAGGUCGUGGUCGCCGCGUGCAGGAAGGUCACCCUCCGCGUCCCCGCCGACGCCGCCGUCCUCUACGAGGUCAGCGACAAGAUCGACCAGCCCAGGAUCGCGCACACCAAAGAGUUCACGUUCCUCGACAAGGCGGCCGUGGUCGCGGACUCGGACCUGGAGGAGAUGCCGCAGUACUUCGUGCUGGCCGGCGCGGAGGUGUUCUGCUACAUCGCGCAGCUGGAGUUCUUCUACAGCGAGGCGCCGGAGUCGAUGAAGAGCAUGUGCACGUCCUUCGCGCUACUCACCGUGGCGCUGGGCAGCUACGCAAGCUCGCUGAUCUACGCCGUGGUGAACGCGCUGACGGCCACCGGCGGCCGGCCCGGGUGGAUAUCGGACGACCUCAACGAGGGGCACCUCGAUUACUUCUUCUGGACCAUGGCGGCGCUGUGCACGCUCAACUUCGUCGUUUACAGCGCCUUCGCCAGGAACUACCAGGUGAAGACGGUCGUGUCGUGA